AGCUCGCGCGGGGUUCUCCUCUCUAAAACUGUAUUUCGUCGGGCAACCUUGCAAGAAUGGACGAGUACGAAGAGUAUGAUCGGAAUAUGAAUGACGACGACGACGAUAUUGACCAGACUAUGCACGACGAUGAAGAAGAGAUCACGCAGGAAGAUGCUUGGGCAGUAAUUUCAGCCUAUUUUGAAGAGAAGGGGUUGGUCCGGCAGCAGCUCGAUUCCUUCGAUGAGUUUAUUCAGAAUACUAUGCAAGAAAUCGUGGACGAGUCUGCUGACAUCGAGAUUCGUCCCGAGUCGCAGCACAAUCCCGGGCACCAGUCUGAUGUUGCUGAGACGAUAUACAAGAUCAGCUUUGGUCAGAUAUACUUGAGUAAGCCUAUGAUGACCGAAUCUGAUGGAGAGACUGCAACAUUAUUUCCUAAGGCUGCACGAUUGAGGAAUCUAACGUACUCGGCGCCUUUAUAUGUGGAUGUCUCAAAAAGAGUCAUAAAGAAAGGUCAUGAUGGUGAAGAAGUCACUGAAACCCAAGAUUUUACAAAAGUUUUUAUUGGGAAGGUUCCCAUCAUGCUCCGGUCGAGUUAUUGCACGUUGUAUCAGAAUUCUGAGAAGGAUCUGACUGAGCUCGGGGAGUGUCCAUAUGACCAAGGAGGAUAUUUUAUCAUCAAUGGGAGUGAGAAAGUUCUUAUUGCCCAAGAGAAGAUGAGCACAAAUCAUGUGUAUGUUUUCAAAAAAAGACAGCCUAACAAGUAUGCCUUUGUGGCAGAAGUCCGGUCUAUGGCUGAGUCACAAAAUAGACCACCUAGUACCAUGUUCGUACGGAUGCUUUCUCAAACUAGUGCCAAGGGGGGCUCUUCAGGACAAUACAUACGUGCCACUCUGCCUUACAUUCGAACUGAGAUUCCUAUUAUUAUUGUGUUUCGUGCUCUAGGAUUUGUUGCUGACAAAGAUAUUCUAGAGCAUAUAUGUUAUGACUUCUCUGAUACUCAAAUGAUGGAGUUGCUUCGGCCUUCCCUGGAAGAGGCUUUUGUUAUCCAAAAUCAGCAGGUUGCACUUGACUACAUUGGGAAGAGAGGAUCAACAGUUGGUGUGACUAAGGAAAAGAGGAUUAAGUAUGCCAAAGAGAUCCUUCAAAAAGAAAUGCUUCCUCAUGUUGGCGUAGGUGAAUUUUGUGAGACUAAGAAGGCAUACUAUUUCGGGUAUAUAAUUCACCGGCUACUCUUAUGUGCUCUUGGCCGGAGAGCAGAAGAUGAUAGGGAUCAUUAUGGGAACAAAAGACUGGACCUUGCUGGUCCUUUACUUGGAGGCUUGUUUAGAAUGCUCUUUAGAAAGUUAACAAGAGAUGUGAGAGGUUACGUACAAAAGUGUGUUGAUAAUGGAAAGGAUGUUAAUUUGCAAUUUGCCAUCAAAGCAAAAACUAUUACUAGUGGCCUGAAAUAUUCGCUAGCCACUGGAAACUGGGGGCAGGCAAAUGCAGCCGGUACAAGAGCUGGAGUAUCACAGGUGUUAAAUCGUUUGACAUAUGCUUCUACCUUGUCUCACUUACGAAGGCUGAAUUCACCCAUUGGACGAGAAGGUAAACUGGCCAAGCCUCGGCAGUUGCAUAAUUCACAAUGGGGAAUGAUGUGUCCUGCUGAAACACCUGAAGGACAAGCUUGUGGACUGGUAAAGAAUCUUGCAUUGAUGGUUUAUAUAACAGUUGGAUCUGCGGCAUAUCCUAUUUUGGAAUUUUUGGAAGAAUGGGGCACAGAAAAUUUUGAGGAAAUUUCUCCUGCUGUCAUUCCUCAAGCGACAAAAAUUUUUGUCAAUGGUUGUUGGGUUGGGAUCCAUCGUGAUCCUGAAAUGUUGGUGAAGACUUUGAGGCGGUUGAGGCGACGAGUUGAUGUAAAUACUGAAGUUGGAGUAGUUAGAGAUGUCCGCUUGAAAGAACUACGGAUAUAUACUGAUUAUGGCCGUUGUAGUCGUCCAUUAUUCAUUGUUGAGAAACAAAGGCUUCUCAUAAAGAAGAAGGAUAUCCAUGCUCUUCAGCAAAGGGAAUCCCCUGAAGACGGUGGUUGGCAUGAUCUUGUAGCAAAGGGAUUCAUUGAAUACAUAGAUACGGAGGAAGAGGAAACCACCAUGAUUUCCAUGACAAUUAGUGAUCUUAUACAAGCAAGGGUCAACCCGGUUGAGGCUUAUUCUGACACCUAUACUCAUUGUGAAAUCCAUCCAUCAUUGAUUUUGGGCGUUUGUGCUUCAAUUAUUCCAUUUCCCGACCAUAACCAGUCCCCACGUAACACGUAUCAAUCUGCUAUGGGUAAGCAAGCUAUGGGAAUCUAUGUCACCAACUACCAAUUCCGAAUGGAUACUUUGGCCUAUGUUUUGUAUUAUCCACAAAAGCCUCUUGUUACUACACGAGCUAUGGAGCAUCUCCAUUUCAGGCAGCUUCCAGCUGGCAUUAAUGCCAUUGUUGCCAUCGCUUGCUACUCUGGUUAUAACCAGGAAGAUUCUGUUAUCAUGAAUCAAUCCUCUAUUGACCGUGGAUUUUUUAGGUCACUUUUCUUCCGGUCUUACAGGGAUGAGGAGAAAAAGAUGGGAACUCUUGUAAAAGAAGAUUUUGGACGGCCUGACAGGACUAAUACUAUGGGUAUGAGGCAUGGCUCCUAUGAUAAAUUAGAUGACGAUGGUCUUGCACCACCUGGUACUCGAGUAUCAGGUGAGGACGUUAUUAUUGGAAAGACUACUCCUAUUUCUCAGGAAGAAGCUCAGGGACAAGCUGCACGUUACUCAAGACGUGAUCAUAGCAUUAGUUUACGUCAUAGUGAAAAUGGGAUUGUAGAUCAAGUUCUACUGACUACAAAUGCUGAUGGAUUGAGGUUCGUAAAAGUAAGGGUGAGAUCUGUUCGAAUACCCCAGAUUGGGGAUAAGUUCAGUAGUCGACAUGGACAAAAAGGGACAGUGGGAAUGACUUACACACAAGAAGACAUGCCUUGGACUGUGGAAGGAAUCACCCCCGAUAUUAUCGUGAAUCCACAUGCUAUUCCUUCUCGUAUGACAAUUGGUCAGCUUAUUGAGUGUAUCAUGGGGAAGGUGGCAGCCCACAUGGGAAAAGAAGGAGAUGCUACCCCAUUUACUGAUGUCACUGUGGAUAACAUCAGUAAGGCUCUGCAUAAGUGUGGUUAUCAGAUGCGUGGAUUUGAAACCAUGUAUAAUGGCCAUACAGGCCGGCGGCUCUCAGCAAUGAUAUUCCUUGGUCCGACUUACUACCAAAGGCUGAAGCAUAUGGUUGAUGACAAAAUACAUUCACGUGGAAGGGGUCCUGUGCAGAUCCUUACGAGACAACCUGCUGAGGGUCGGUCACGUGAUGGUGGUCUCCGAUUUGGGGAGAUGGAGCGUGACUGCAUGAUUGCCCAUGGUGCUGCUCAUUUUCUCAAGGAGAGGUUGUUCGAUCAAAGUGAUGCAUAUAGGAUCCAUGUCUGUGAGUGCUGCGGAUUGAUAGCCAUUGCAAAUCUCAAGAAGAGUUCCUUCGAAUGUAGGGGAUGUAAAAACAAAACGGACAUCGUUCAGGUUUAUAUCCCUUAUGCCUGUAAGCUUCUCUUCCAAGAGCUUAUGGCUAUGGCAAUAGCGCCACGGAUGUUCACAAAGGAAGUUAAACCAUUGAAAGACCAAAAGAAGAAAGGAUCCUGAUUUCCUUCUUCAGCUUAUUAUCAACUCUCGCAUAUUGGACGAUCUCCGGGAUAUAUUAUAUUAGUAUGGUGUAAAAUACCAGAAAGCAAACUGUUGGAGUCUGGAGGCAUUGAGGGCGCGUCCCCUUAGAAAUUGGAAAUGAUUGUAGCUUAGUUUUGUGAGGUAUGCCGCGGCCUCCUCAAGGCCUCAGUAUUCUAUGGAUUGGUGGAUUCGUAUCAAUCAACCACCACCUUUGGAGCCGGUCGAUGGCGCUGUCUUUUUAUCCAAGACGAAGAAGGUCAAGGGUAUGUGCAAUCAACUACUUUUACUUUGAUUAUAGAGAGCAAUUUGUUGGGUCAUGUGUAGGGUGAGACCAAUCCACUACUGUCCAUAGAAAACCUGGAAUUCACUUUUAUAUUUGUUUCAGUAUCUCCUCCGGAUAAUAUAGUAGGGUAGAUUAUCGAGAUACAUUGAGUUUAUUGACUUUUAUGUAGCUGAAAUCUAUUCUGCAUCAGGCAAAGAAUAUUUUUGGAUUUUAACAUCCUCAUUUCCAACUUUUCUGCAACGGAGGAGGCCUUCUUUU